AUGGCAGAAUAUUCUCCCCACCACCAUCACCACCAGCAACACCAGAACCACAACCUUAUCCCCAAAGAAACCGCCCUCCAAGCCUUAAACACAAUCAUCCAACUCCACUUCGAAAAAACCCUGGAGAAAAAACGAGCCAUUGACCUCCAAAAAAAGGAGCUCCACAAACUCUUCCUCCUCUUCUUCAUUUUCUUGAGCCUCGUCUUCAUGGCUGAGGCUCAGUCCCCCCGCCUCCAAUGCCGCCACUGCUGGGUCCCCAUCACGCUACUCUCCCUCGCCCAGUUGAUCUUUUAUGUUUCUGUGGCUCAAACUCUCAGGUGCAUCAAUGGGUUCAAGUACCAAAGGAGGUGCCACAAGCUGACUUUGGGGUUGGCGACCGAGAAGCUGAGGGAGAUAAAGAUGAGAAUGAGUAAUGGAGAGUUCGGUGAAGGGUUUGGAGAAGAUAGUGGGGAGUUUGAGAUUCAUUAUCAGGAGCCUCCGGAGAGUUAUUUUGGUAAGUUUAAGAGGAACUGGGCUCUGCAUUUCAGUUUCUUGAUCUUGAUUUAUGGUUUUAUGGUUUCAACUUCUGUUGUAAUUCUUUGCUUUUAGUAUAAUUUGUGAUGCUUUUUAUGAAAAUCUUUGAAUACUUUUUUCUUUUUUAUUCUUCAAGAAAAGUUUAAGUCUUCAAGAAAAGUUUGACCUUUCGAACUUCUUAAAGAGGGACAAUAUUAAUGACACAGUGAAGAUGUGCUGAAUUGUUUUCUUGUUUGGAUUUGAAACUUGAAAUUCGAAAUCCAAAGUGUGGACUGUGGAGACUCAGAGAUUGUCAGUACCUGCAAUGCAGUCCAUUACAGCUCUCAUAUUUCAAUGGUUCCCUUUUUGAGG